AGGAGGAGGAGCUGGAGGAUGUGACGUGCUGCUCAGAGAGGCAGAUUGUCGGCUUCCAUAUCCAGUAAACGGUGCUCGUUAACGGUGAUGUUUGGAGAGGAUUAUUACAAGCAACAGGAUGGCAAACUGUGAUUGAAUGCAGCAGCAGGUGAUCACAAUAUAAACAUCAUCACAACCACAAACAUGGAUCUGACUUUUGCAUUAUCAGCUCUCAUCUUCACGCUUCUCGCCAUCGUGGUCGCUACUUCGCUAUUUAACGGAUCCUCGCCUGAUUUCUCGAGUUAUUUCGGACACAGAGGAUCAGAUCAACCGGAGACGAGGCUGAACGGUUAUUUACCGGACUACAGCAAGAAGAAGAAGAAGAAGAAGACAGAGGACGACUGGUGUGAGAUCAGUGGCAGCUCACAUGAUCACUGGGAUGUAGUGAAGUCUGUGCUCUCAGAGGAGGCACACCCCCACCCUCACACUGAAGAACUGGCAACACCAGUUAAGCACUCCUCCUCCACAUCCAGCCUGUGCGUCCCCAGGCCUGGAUGUAGGCAUAUGAACUUAGAAGUAGAAUCGUCGUCCAAGGCCUCGUCGGGGACGAGCCGUAGGUCAAUCAUUGGGCUCUCUGAUAAGGACCUCCUAAAGUGUGCUUUCUCAUACCCCCAGACCGAAGGAGCCACAGAGAGCCCGGGGAUAAACGAUAAAGUGGAAUCAAAUGAUUCCUUGAAGUACGUCCCUGGAAAGGCGCGAUCCCACCACUUGCAAAAGAUGAUGUCCACAGAGGAGCUGGAGGAGGAGCAGAGGGUGCAGCGUGAGCAGCUGGCCGUCAUCUUCCAGCUGCUGAAAGACAACCAGGAGACGUUUGGGGAGGUGUCCGAGGUAGACAUGGAGGAGCAGCUCAGACUCUACUCCAUCUGAGACUCUUCUUUGUGUUUUUGGAUCCACGUUUUGAUGGCGCUCCUUUAACCCGUGAGCGCUACUGAAGGACUACGCCAGUACACCAAAUACUUCACUGAACUUGUUCACAGUAUUCAACGCAAGCUGUACAGUCCACUCAACGACCACUCUCAUUUGUGUUUUAAUAUGACGUUUUAAUUGUGUUGUUUUAUUGCUUUCCCAUUAAGGCUGGGUAUCGUUUAAAAAAUUAAUAUGCCAGUACCAAUACCAGUUAAAGUGAUACCGAUACCAAUAAAGUACUCCAUUCGAUACCCAUCAUGUGAUUGGAAGCUGUGUGUGUGUGUCCUACUGGCUAGCUAAUCACCGCCGCACUGCACAGCGCUCAUACAGCGGUUACCGCUCAUUCCCCAAACCCACGGUGGUUGUCCCUGAAGCGUAACGCCCACCUUCAUCCCCCCAGGUAGAGACGGUAAGCUCUGUAAGCACUGUUGCCACUAGUAGAGGUGUUUGCUGCUGCAGUAGUGGGCCAAUCACUUUGUAUUAAAUCAAAGAAUGCUUGAGGUGAUUGUCUGCAAGCAAAAGCACACAAAAAGUAUUUUUUUCUAGAUCUGAGCAAAAAAAAGAAUCAAUUACAGAUAUCGAAGUUUUAAUACUACUUGGUACUGGUUUAUUUCGGUCGAUACCUUAAAAGUAUCGAGUACCGAUACCCAGUAGGCUUGCCGCGGUAGUCGGUAGUGUUACACGGUGAUCAGGCAUACACCGAUU